UGUAGUAUAACAAUCAGUAUAUAUAUUCAGCAAUCGGAUUCAGACCUACGUUUUGAGCGGACAAAAUGCACGUCUGUAUUUUAAUAGCAUUAGCCUUUGCGGCUGUUACAGCCGUGCCGACCAAUCCCCAAAGGAUUAUAGGUGGCUCGUUAACAACUAUUCAGGCAUAUCCAUCCAUGGCCGCUCUGCUUUACACACCUGAUUGGAACAAUUUCUUCCAAUCCUGUGGUGGCACCAUCAUAAACAACAGAUCUAUUUUGACAGCUGCUCACUGCGUCCAUGGUGAUGCAGUUGGCAAAUGGCGUGCUCGCGUGGGAUCCAGUUUCGCGAGUAGUGGUGGUGUUGUUCAUAACACAGCUAGUAUCAUCAUUCACCCGAACUUCAAUAAUAGCACCAGAAACAGUGACAUUGCCAUCUUGAGGGUCACUCCCACAUUCACAUUUAGCAAUGCCAUCCAGCCCGCGUUAGUAGCUGGCCCCAACUAUAACAUUGUUGAUUGGAAUGUUGUCUGGGCCGCGGGUUGGGGUAGAAUUUCACCAAGUGGUCCUCAAUCUGAGCAGCUUCGACACGUUCAAUUUUGGGUUGUGAACCAGGCUGCCUGCAGUGCCCGAUAUGGUUUCAUCGGUAUGUCUGUCACCGCUAACAUGGUGUGUACUGGCUUGCUUGAUAUUGGCGGUCGCGACACAUGCGCUGGUGACUCCGGCGGUCCUAUCUACCACAAUAAUGUUGUCGUCGGUGUCUGCUCAUUCGGUAUUCAAUGCGGUUCCGCCGAGUUCCCCGGUGUCAAUACACGAGUCUCCAGCUUCAGUAACUGGGUCCAAAGCAAUGCAUAAUGUUAAAAGAAGGAUAAAUGAUUUCGAACUUA